ACGGAAGUGUAACCACCCACUACAAAGAUGGAGGACGAUAUCUCAGAUUUGAGCAGACCACAAAUGUACUUGUUUGGUUGUACCUUGAAAUCGGACAGACGGGAGUUCAAAGUUGACGUAGACGACGAUGAUACGGAACAGCAGCUGUCACUCAAAGCAGUUUGUCUAGGAGCCGAGGCGGAGGAUAAGUUCCACAUGGUGGAAGUUGAAGGCCUCACUUAUGAUGGGAAAACGACCAAAGUGCCACUAGUUGCCCUGAAACCUUCCGUCCUGCCCUCUAUGACUUUAGGUGGAUUUGAGAUUACUCCGCCAGUUACCUUCCGUCUCCAGUCUGGCUCUGGACCAGUUCACAUCAGCGGGCAGCAUUUUGUCAGUGUGAAGGAUUCAGAGGAUGAAGAGGAGGAGAACAAUACGUCUCCAGUGAAGCGGCCUGCAGCGCUGCUGUCGGGGAAGAAGCCUCCGUUGAAAAAACUAAAGAUGGAUUCCGAUGAUGAUGAUGACGAUGAAGAAGACAGUGAUGAGGAUGAUGAUGAUGAUGAUGACAGUGAUGAAAAUGACGUCAAACCUCCGAAGAAUUUUGGCAAAGUGCUCCAAAAAAGUCCAGAGUCUUCACUUAAGAAGCCCAACAAGACUCCAGGGAAACAAAAUGGCCCUGCAGGAAAACCCUCAGGAUCAGCAGUCAAACCACAGAAUAAGACACCUGCCCCAGGAAAAGACAAACCCCAGGCUGGCCCUUCUAAAUCUCCGUCUCUGACUGAGAUUAAGAACAAGCUGUCAACGGCAGCCAAGGAGGGAAGAGGACUACCGAAGACAGAGCAGAAGUUUGAGAAUUUCGUGAAGAGUUCUUUUAAAAUCUCAGACAAAAAAGUGGUCAGAGAUCUCUGGAGUUUUGUGCAAACACUGAAGAUUGAGAAGAAGUAACGCACGCGUAUGCUGAAGCAUUUGUAUGUUUUGCAUCUUGCAAGAGAUUUAAAGGCACAGUCGGCUCAAUUUCCUACUCACCCAUCUAGUCAGUACUGCGAAGGACUGUGAUCAGAAUGACUGAGUGCUGACUUUUGUUGAAGCCAUUGAUGCAUAGAUUCAAGUGUCAUUUUUUUUAAAGAUGCAAAGCACCUUAUGGAGCUGUUUCACUCACAAACUCACUUAUUUAUGUUAAGCAUGUUUAGCAGAUGGCAGAUUUUCACAAGGGGAAGUUGUGUAUUUUUCUAUAGAUGGUCCCAGUCUGUAGCAACCAUAGGGAGGAAAAGUACCAGCGCUGCCAGUUAGGUUCUGCAGAUGUCCGUCGCUGUCUACAGGAAAGAAAAGUUCCCAACAUUUGCGCCACCUGCAGGCAAUAAUUGUGGCACCUGCAGAUUUUUAUAGUUGCAAUAAUUAAUUGAUUAAAAUAUUAGCUUACAACAAAGCUCAUGCUUGAAGUAUUCAAAGCCAAAAACACAUCAGGCAUUAGACACAGAGAUACCAUCUUUGCAACAGUUUCCUUUCCUUUCAGACUAUCAGGACUCACCAAAGACAAAUAUCCUACACAUGAAAUAGGGUAACUGCAGUUGUAAAACCUCAUUGCCUGCAGGUGGUGUCACUGACAGAUUAAAGAAGCCAUCCCUUUUCUUGCCUGUAUAGAGUGAGAUUAGCAUCACAACACCUCAUGUUCAGCGUAUACUGGCAGUGCAGGUUGCGCUGGAACUUUAGUUCCAGAGCCGUGAGUGUGAACCUGCUGCUUCUGCAGCGCUGUAAUGUAAUGAUGUUUUUCGAAGAUUGGUUUCAGGUGCUUCGCAUCUGUGACACUGUUCUUCUCAAGUCAGUAAUGCAAUAGGAGAUAUUGCAGAAUGUGCCUUUUUAUCUCUACUGUAAACUGAGAUAAAUCAGAUUCCCAAUUUGUGUGAACUUGAGCAGCAUAUACAAGGGUGGUCAAGGCGGCCGAAAUAAGAGUAAACUUCCAUAGUUUUUCUAUCUCUAGCCAGUAACAGUAAGUGUUGUUUUGUUGCUUUCCCUGCCGUCUGGAUUUACAAAGCAUUUAAGCUUGCAAGCAUGCUAGCUGAUUGUACAUUAAAAUUGUUUGGCAUACUCUAAUUGCUUCAUUAAUACAUGCUUAUAUAUAGUGUGAUUACAGUUUUAUGAAUUGUGUCACUUGAGUCAAUCAAAGCAACUCCUGCAUCACAGAAUGCAGCAUUUUUGCCAGCAACACUGAGGGUUACAUGUUUAUCUCCAGCAGAUGUGAAGUAAAUAAGCAGAGUGAUACAAGUGAUUAUGUAAAACAUUUCACCAGAAACAAAAUGCAAUUUGAAAACAGUAAAAUCCUAAUACCAGCUGGGAUGCGUGCAGCUGCAGCCUUGCUGUUGUUACAUAUCCGAUGAGCAGACAAGACAUGUUUGCAUGUUUUUCUUACACACUUGGCAAUCCUGGAUGAAAGCAGUGUCAUUCAUAAUGUUUUUUUUUGUUUUUUUUUAAUACUUGUAAAAAUGUACUUACGCCUUUACUGGUGUCAUCUGAACUUGCAGCUUGCAAAAAGUCCACAUCAUGACUUCAUAUCAAGACCAUUAACACUUGUCAUAACCUGAGAAGGUAUUCAUUACAGUGAUUACAGCCAAGAGCAUUAUGUGCUCUAUAAAACCAGCACAGAUGCCCCGACUAAAAUGUUUUAUAGUCGUAUACAUUAUAUACAACAGGUUCAAAACAAGGCAAAUAGAUUGUUAAUUCCAAGUGUACAUUUACGAGUUGGCACGAAAGCCGUUUUCAGUGUAUUUCAAUGUAUUUUCAUGCGCUGAAAACUGAUUAUAAGCAGGGUGUCUCAUUUACUGCAGCAUGAUCAUGAGGUAUCGGAAUAUUACAUUAGAGCAACAUGACAAUACCUUUACUAAAACCACAAAACUUUGCUGCUUCAACUAACUCAGUUAAAGUUAAAGUUGCCCUCUCUGUUUUUCUAAGUCUAAUUAUUACAUGUCCUCUUGUAGUGAGGUUUCAUUAGCAGCAGGUUCCCGUCCCUUAGCUUUUUGUUUUUUUUGCUUUGCAUGAGUUCAUGGCAGAAUCCUUUGUCAGUGAUUUUUAAUACUUCUGUCAUAUCAAGACUUAAUGAAAGUUUCUUUCUGUAAAUAAAUAUCUUGCUGUUAUUUACAAGUGCGGCAGCUGAACAAUUAAGUUGAUGCUUAAUCUUCCCUUUUUACUCGCUGGUUUUGCAGCUUUGAUUUGUUUUCACUUGAAAUGUUCUUGUUUGGUCUAAAGCUGUUGUGAAUAGAAACCCCCCUUUUUUUAUAUAUAUGUUUGAAAUAUUGUCCAAUUUUUUGUUAACCUAAUAUUUUAGCCCUGCUGUUUGUCAUCCUAAGUUUGUCAUACUCUGGUUCUGUACUGAGGAGGUAUGAAUCCAGUACAUGUCCCAUGAAAAAGAGAGACUGUUGUUGAUGUGUGCUGCAUGUGACAUUUAUUUUUAUCGACAGUUUUAGUUUGCAGCCAGCAGUACGUAGUCGAACCGCUUCUUAUUUUUUUGUAAUUAGAUGAUAGGCUUUGGCACAUGAUCUCUGUGCAGUGCUCCUUAGCUUGGUACAACACUGAAUUUAGAAAAGUAUUACACAGUGGUCAUUUUCUGGAUUAUAAAGUUGUGGUAACCAGCCCUCGUAUCAGACCAAAGUAGUCCUGAGAUUUAUUGAUAUUGUUAUCUACUUUAUCAAUGCUGUGAUCCCCUGUGUGUUUUAUUGUGUUGCCUUGUGACUGUGACAUGAAACAUCCACUGUCAAUCAGCAGGCAUCUUCAAUUUGAACUAACAAGAACUACGACGUACUGUAUCCACAAUAAGACCAUCCAGUCUGUUAAAGAAAGUGAAUUUUGUCCAUUUUGUCAAACCUUACUGAUUCGUUCGCUCAUGUUUGCCGAUGGUGCAUAUUCAUUCAUGGUUUAUUGAGAUCAACAUAUCCAUCCUUGUUUUUUUUUUUUUUUUUUUUACCUACCUGUAACAUUUACCUAAAUAAAUAAAAUUGAUUCUAGCUUG